GCGCGCACGCUCUCUGGAGUUGAACGGCCGCGAGAGGCCGCUGCCCGACCCUGACAUCGGCUGUGGGAGCAGCGGCCAGUUGGAAGAUGCAGCUCCGGACUUUUUCAAUACCCCACUUGUGGUUGGCGAUGGGCUGAGCCCCCGGGGAGAAAUCCAUUUAGACUCUUGGGAGCUUAGAAUAUUUCACAGUUCUGAAUGUUAGCAACUGAAAAUGCCUGUAGACGAUGAAGCAUCUGAAGAUGACUCGGAUUCAGUUUCUUCAAACAUUGAAAGAACCUACAUUUUCAAAUAAGAGAGUAUAACAAUUUCUGUACACUAUGGAAGAUUUUGAUUUGGUGAAAUCCUUACGAAAAACUUCAUGUUCUGUAGAAUCUGAUAUAAAAAAUUCUCCCCCUUUUGGACUGAACUUAAAUACUAAUAGAAGUAGUCCCCACCUUAGUACAAAUGGGGUAUCCUCUUUCUCAGGGAAGACCAGACCAUCUGUAAUUCAAGGUCCACUUGAAGUCCUCACCUCUUUAAUGCAAGAGCUACAAAACAGUGGAAAGACUGAUUUGGAACUUUGGAAAAACUGUGAGACCAGGUGGUUACAGCUAUUCAAUUUGGUGGAAAAACAAUGCCAAGAACAGAUAGUUGCCCAGCAGGAACAAUUCCACAACCAAAUUCAACGUAUACAAGAGGAGAUAAAAAAUUUAGUCAAGUUACAGACCAGUAAUGCUUCCUGGGCUUCCUAUGAUACUUCUUUAAGCAAACAAUUCUCUUCAGAAAGUCAAAUGGGUUUUUUUUCUGAAAAUAGUGAGAGAAAUGAACCUAUUAUCAGUUAUCCUAAGUCUAAAGAAUACGAAAUGCAGCAAGAAACAUCCACGUCACAACCAGACUGCAAUGUGGAUAGUAGCUCAGUGAGCAGUGGGUAUGGUACCUUUUGUGUCUCUGAAUUAAAUACCUACAAAUCUAAGGACUCUAAGGAGUUCAUGGAGCACGCAGAGGUUUCUGAAGGAGAGUUUGGUGCACCUUUGGGGCAGACAGAGUCACUUGUAGAUGGUGUAAAAAACAAGAGUUUUCAUAUACACACCGCCGAAGAGUUCUGUCCAUCUUUAAAGGAAGAUAUUUCCAUUUUUCCUGGUGAAUUUGAACACAGUUUUCUUGGCGAAAAUAAGAUUUCAGAAGUAUACAGUGGAAAAACAAAUAGCAAAUCUAUAACAUCAUGGGCACAAAAGCUGAAGCAGAACCAGCCAAAGAGAGCGCUUACAGAAGAAGGGUGUUCAAAAUCUAUGCAAGGAAAUGAGCAAGCCAGGAAAUCACCAGUUGAGAAAUCUAAUUUCACUGCUGCUAAGCAUCCUCAUGCUUUUUACCUCAAUAGACCGGAUGAGAGUCCAGAUUCUUGGAUGUCUGAUUCAGGAACAGGACUGACUUACUGGAAGUUGGAAGAGAAGGACAUGUAUCACUCCCUGCCUGAAACUUUAGAGAAGACGUUUGUACCGGCCUCCUCCACAGAUAUGUCACCAGGCCAGUCAAAUACUAGUAAUGAGAUGAAGCUGCCAUCACUGAAGGAUAUUUAUCAUAAAAAACAAAGGGAAAACAAGCAGUUACCUGAGCGGAAUCUCACUUCUGCUUCCAACCCAAAUCAUCCACCAGAGGUACUAACUCUAGACCCAACGUUACACAUGAAGCCAAAUCAGAUUUCAGGGAUUCAGCCACAAGGCUUUUUGAAUGCCCUCGAUGACAGAAUAUCCUUUUCACCAGACUCUGUUCUUGAACCUAGUAUGUCUAGUCACUCUGAUGUAGACUCAUUUUCACAAGCAAGUAAUAUCGCUUCUCAGUUAUCUGGAUUCCCAAAAUAUCCUUCAAAUACAAAAGCUUUACCAGUGGACUCUUGGAAGAAUCAUGGAUUCCAAAAUGAAAGUAGGACCAGUUCCACGUUUCCUUCAGUUUAUACCAUUACUAGUAAUGAUAUCUCGGUCAACACUGUGGAUGAAGAAAACACUGUCAUGGCAACCUCAGCUUCAGUCAGCCAGUCCCAGCUUCCAGGGACAGUCAGCAGUGUCCCAGAGUGCAUCUCAUUGACUUCCCUGGAAGAUCCUGUGAUACUGUCGAAAAUUAGGCAGAACCUAAAGGAAAAGCAUGCUCGACAUAUAGCGGAUCUUCGAGCUUACUAUGAAUCAGAAAUAAAUAGUUUGAAACAGAAACUGGAGGCAAAGGAAAUUUCAGCAGCUGAAGAUUGGAAGAAAACCAAUCAAAUUCUUGUAGACAGAUGUGGCCAAUUAGAUAGUGCUCUGAGUGAAGCUACUAGUCGUGUGAGAACACUUGAAAAUAAGAAUAACUUACUGGAAAUAGAAGUUAGUGAUUUCAAAGAACGCUUCAAUGCAGCCAGCAGUGCUUCCAAAAUUUUGCAGGAACGGAUUGAGGAAAUGAGAACAAGUAAUAAAGAAAAAGACAAUACCAUCAUUCGACUAAAAUCUCGACUGCAGGAUUUAGAAGAAGCAUUUGAGAAUGCUUACAAACUCUCAGAUGAUAAAGAAGCGAGACUAAAACAAGAAAACAAAAUGUUUCAAGAUCUCUUAGGAGAAUAUGAAUCCCUUGGAAAAGAACAUGAAAGAGUAAAGGAUACAUUAAAUACAACUGAGAACAAAUUGCUUGAUGCACAUACUCAGAUUUCUGACUUGAAAAGAAUAAUUUCAAAACUUGAAGCUCAGGUCAAGCAAGUGGAGCAUGAAAAUAUGUUAAGUCUUCGCCAUAAUUCUAAAACUCCCAUGAGAUCCUCACAUGCCAACACACUGGCCACCUCUGACGUCAGCAGACGCAAGUGGCUGAUACCAGGAGCAGAGUAUUCUAUCUUUACUGGCCAGCCUUUGGAUACCCAGAAUGAUAGAAUGGAUAACCAGCUGGUGGAAACCUGCACUACUGGGUAUCAUUCUCCUCCGGAAAAGGAUUCUUCACCUGGAAGUUCACCAAGAAGCUUACUGAAAAAAAAACAAAUAGAGACUUCAGAUACACCAAUCAUGAAAGCUUUAAAAGAACUUGAUGAAGGAAAAAUAUUUAAAAAUUGGGGCACACAGACAGAGAAAGAGGACACCUCAAAUAAAUUAGUGAAUCCUCGGCAAACUGAAACAUCAAUCAAUGCAAAUCGGUCUCCAGAGAAAUGCGCCCAAAGACAGAAGAGAUUUAACUCUGCUUCACAGAGAUCAUCAUCUUUACCACCUUCAACUCGUAAAUCGAACACUCCAACAAAAAGAGAGAUUAUGUUAACACCAGUGACUGUGGCUUAUAGUCCAAAGCGAUCUCCUAAAGAAAAUUUGUCCCCAGGAUUUAGUCAUCUACUGAGCAAAAAUGAAAGCAGUCCAACUCGAUUUGAUAUACUUUUGGAUGAUUUAGAUACUGUUCCUGUGUCUGCAUUACAACGUACCAAUCCAAGGAAACAACUCCAGUUUCUUCCUCUAGAUGACUUGGAAGAAAAAAAAUAUUCAGAAACAGCCACCGACAUCCAUGUUAAUCAUAGCUCUUCUCCCGAACUGUUGCCAAAUGGAGUGAAGAAAGUGUCUGUGCGAUCAGCCUGGGAGAAGAAUAAAUCAGUUAGCUAUGAACAGUGUAAGCCUGCAUCAGUAGCACCACAUGGUAAUGAUUUUGAGUAUACAGCAAAAAUUAGGACCCUAGCUGAAACGGAGCGGUUUUUUGAUGAACUUACAAAAGAAAAAGACCAGAUUGAGGCGGCUUUGAGUCGAAUGCCUUCUACCGGAGGACGGAUCACUUUGCAGACGAGAUUGAAUCAGGAAGCUCUGGAAGAUCGUUUGGAAAGGAUUAAUCGAGAACUGGGCUCAGUUCGAAUGACAUUAAAGAAAUUUCAUGUUUUGCGCACCUCUGCAAAUCUCUGAGAUUUGUACCCAUUAAAUUUUGAGAUGUUUUUGUUUGCACUAAUGUAUAAUUAUGCACUCAGAAAUGGCAAACUAUUUUGUACUGUUUAUAAGCCUUCAAAUAGUAGUUUUACAAUCAUGCUAUUCUUUACACUUGCUAUUUUAUACUUCAAAUGGCCACAUAUUUUCAAGAUAUUUUUGUUAUGCUCAGGAAUCUCUUGUAUAUUUUACUAUUUAAAAAGUAUUAUUUUUAAAUAGUAUCAGUCUCCAGUUUAUAUCAAUAGUAAGAAAAUGUAAACAGGGGAGGCAGCUUGUUUCUAAACAAAUAGUGUUAUCCUUUUACAAUUAACUUUGCACACUAAUUUUAUAUACUUGUCCUACAUUGUGAAUAUGAUUCUUUUCUUAAAAUAAAUGCUUAAGAACAGCUUCCGUAAUGAUAGACUAAUACAUGCUGAAUGUAAAAAAAAAAAAAAAAAUGCAUCAUACCCUGGAAAUUUAGCUGUGUUGAAAUUCUUUUCUUAAUGGCAAUGCAGUUUCUCUUAGGAAUAUGUCUUAGAGUGAAUAUUAGAAUAGUAAUAGUGGAAAUAUUGGAAAGAAUGAAAUAUUGGAAAGCUUUGAAAAUUAUGAAUAGCUCAUUUUGUUUCCCUUGAACUUUACUGUUGAUAAAGGAAGAAAAAUGAGAGUUGUAAUUCUUUAAUGUCAUAUAUGUAGUACUUUUCAGAAUGCGGCAAGCAGUUGGGGAGCUGUAGCUUUCUGUUCAGCGUUCUGGGUGGAACUGUAUCCCUCCUGUGGCAAUAAGUUGAUGGAUGAAGCUGAAAGGCCACCACCCAGUGAGGUUAUAAGAGCAGCCUUGGUUUCCUCUGUGUCAGGCUUCAGCUCUCAGAGUCACCAUGCAGAUGUUUUUAAUCCCGCUCCACACUUUCACCCCUGCCAAAAAAUCCCACAAAAAACAAAACCCCAACUGCUGCCAUAGUAGGUGCUGUAAGGCUGCUAGGAUCAGAUCAGAGCACCCUACCCUGCUUGUUCAUGGACAGGGAAUGUGUGUGGAUGGAGCUUUGGCCUUGCUGGAGGGCUCCAGCUCACUGCCUUGGCAGUACCUCUUUGCUUUUGGAUGUGGCAUGUAGGCCAGAGGCUGUGCUCUGGUCAGCAUCACUAGCAGGUAGUCAAGUCUGGGCUGCUCCACUGCCCACUUUUUUGGUGGCUGGUCAGAAUCCAGAGCCCACAUAUUCAUGUAUGUAUUGAUCAAUAGACUUAUCCUUAAAUUUUCAAAAUUGAUUCCCACUGAUAAUACUCAGGUUUUAAAGCUUGGUUUUCUUUUGAGCUUUUUCUUCUUAUGUGACUCUUAAAUAGCUUGUAGUUCUAAUGAACCAAGCCACCCAUUACUCCACUAGGGUCUAUGUAUGCCUUUGAGCAGGGAUCUCAAACUGUCUUUGAGCACCCUUCACCAAAGCUUUCUUGGCUGAGCCCCACCCCAGGCCUGAUGCCCAGUUGUGCUCCCUUCUCAGCUUUGGGGAGGGGGUUCUCCACAGGGAGGGGCCUCUGACACCUGCCUCUCCUGUUCCUAUCCAUGAAUUGAAUCUUUGCUCCAAAUCCUGCCACCAGUUGAAGACCUUGGCUAAUCACAGUUAUUCAUCAACAGAAUAAGUGCCUUUAUUCAUGUUAUUUUUUUCUAGCCUUUUUUUUUUAAGUCAACUAGUUAUAGUAAAAAGUUAAUUUUAAUCAAGCUCCAGUACAGCUGUGUCAAGACCUAGUAAAGGGAUUGACUUUACUGAUGGUAUUCCCUUUAUGUUCCUACACAAAACUUGAAACUUACUAGGAUAUUCAUUGUCCCCUCCUUUUAUCGUUAAGUCCAUUACCUCAGAAGAAUAGGGAAUUGUGGUUUCAAAAGAGUGAGUUUUGUCUUAGUAGUCGCUAUUGGCUUAUCCCAAGAAAGAUCUGAAACCCCAUCAAAACCUCUUCUGUGCCUCUCAGAAAACAUAUGCUUUGAUUCUUGAAAUGUAUAAUAGAUGGGAAGUUUCAGACACUUAUUUAAAAAGUAAACCUUUUUCUUCAUAACUGUGAAGAGGAGAACCAAGGAAAAUUUUUUCAGCCAUCCUUCCCUUUUUUUGUGUGCUUAAUUUACGAACACAGAAUGCUCAACUUAAAAACAACUCUGCCUCAAAGGUGGCAAUCUUAGAAAGCAGCUGGUGUCCCUGGGAGGUCAACUACUUUGCUCCCAGGUGGGGCUGAGCUGCAGAGGAAAAACAACCGGAGUGCAUCUUCCACUUCUAGGAAGUACCUUUUUAAAUGCAAAUAGAAUUAACUCUCCGUCUUCACCUGGUUCUGCCCCCUUCCUCCCCUUCCGGUGCCUCAAGGCACCAGACGUGUUCCCGCUGACGCAGUCGAGGUGGCUCAGUGCAGGGGUGCUGGGCCGGGGAAGAAGAGCCCGGGGAACCUGGGUCACCACCACGAGGCUCAGGCCUGUCUGCCUCUGCAGUUUGAGAUAAGAUGAUGCAAUAAGAAGCUUCCUUCCAUUUUAAAAGCGAUUAUGUAAACUACCUGGUGCUUAGUAACUUUUCAACAAAAGUACACAAGUCAGAUUCAUUCUGAGUUACAGAGGCUUUUGAAGUAGUGAUUUAGUACUUUGUGUGUGUGUGUGUGUGUGAUUUAGUACUUUUUAAAUAGAAAAGUAGGUUGUGCCCCUAGCAAUUGACUUAAAAUUUACCUUGGGUUGGUUGACAUUUCUGUUAGGUGGUCUAAGAUGUUCUCUCCACCUUUUUUGCAGAAAAAAAGAUUUCUUGGAGUUCAAGUGGUUUUUCUGGCGUGAGGUGGCUUUUUUGUUUCUUCAAGUGACUUAAAACUGGUAACCUGUUGGGUAUUACGUUCAGAGGCAUUAUAAAUAGGUAAUUUAAUGUAAAUCUAAGUUGUUUUCCUUAAAAAAUGAAAAAUGUUGACAAUGUAACCAAAAUAAUUGCACCUUUUAACAUUCCCAAAUUAGACCUCUGUAGUUGGUGGCCUGUAAAGCAGGACUGUGGGAAGGUCACGCCUGCACUGGGCAUCAGAAGAGCCAUAUGAAGAUACUGAUGGCUUUUAGUUUGACAAACAGCCAAAAUGUGUUCUCCUUUUUAACUCUGAAAAACCAGGUGCUUUGCUGAAUGCUAUUUAAGUUUGAAUUCUGCACUUAUGUAAUAAUUAGAUAUUUUAUCAUUUUACUUAUCUCGAAAGCAGUUUUCACUAAAUUUUAAUGUGCCACUUGGUCUGUGAGUCUUUAAGAAGCUUUAAAACAGAAGUGCAUACCUAGCACCCUUUAAGAGUCGUACAGGUAAAUCAUGUUUACCCAUCAUGAGUGUGUGUGGUCAUGAUAUGUACAGGUCUGAUUCAACCAAUUAUGUUGCACAAAUUUUGCAGGAAAUAAUUUUUUGCCAAGAGUUCUGUGGCAGUUUGAUAAUAUAUUAAACUACAUCAGUAUUCUUAGGACCUGUAUUACAAAGCUUUCUCCUCCUGAUUUAUGUUUUAUUUCAAUAGCUGCCUCUCAAAUAGGAGGAAUCAAGCCAUAAAAUUGUAUUUGCUAGACGUGAUAGACUAUGUCAUCCCUGUGACUACAGACUUCAAAGAUAAUUGUUUUAUUCACAGUUGCACUGUAACAGUGACCAAUAUAAUGUGAAAACUUGCUUCCUCCAGUGCUGCUGACGGUUAGGCAAAGACAAGUGCUUGUUGCAGUUGUUUUUAAAUCUAGGCAAGUAUUGGAGUAAUGGAAUUGUAAGCUCUGUGAGAGCAGGGACCAUCAUGUCUUCAUUCUUGCAUAUAGGCACUCAAUAAAUAUUUGUGGAUACGAA